UAUAAGUACUUAUACAAAAGUACUUAUGGUAAAGUACUUUAGCUGACUUAAAGUGUACACUAAUGACUAUACAGAAAAGCUAUACAUCUUCUGAAGGUUGGUCUGUUUUUUUAUCCUCAUUUAACCAUUUUCUCUGCUCCAUUGCACUUUAUUACUGUUACGGGGAAACAGAGAGUUGUACUUUGAACAGUAGCUCGGAAUGUUGGUCAUACGACGAAGAUGCCUUCAGUUCCUGCAGGCGUGGCUUUGAUGUGUAAUCACUUACUGGGCUUUCCAGCUAAAGAGAAACCAAACAUACGGCAUUAUUAAAGAAAAAAGAGGCGCACCAUUAAUUUGAAGGACAAACUUAGUUUUGAGUAGCAAUAAUGUCCUGCAUUGGAACAAGGAACGUGAGAACAGAUUGAUUGGUUGAAUUAUUCAGUUAGAUGUUACAGGGUUUCUGGUUCAAAGGUCAAGGUGCCACUAAGUGUGACCGCGCAGGUGCGUUCUGUGUCGGUCAGCAGCGGAGCAGCGUGUUGCCCCCGUGUGACCUCAGCAGUGUGUGAAUGGGCCUUUGGAAAGCACUGGCGUGGUGGCAGGGCUGCUGACUCAGGGGGCUCACAGUGCGCCGCCCCUGAACUCACCCGCCGGCCCAGUCGCGUCCCCAUCCAGUGCAGAGAGCAUGUCAGCGUCCUAGCACGGCCCAAAUCAAGCUGCCACAUCUGGAGAAACACACAGGCUCGGGGGGAGACAAUACGAACGAGGCGGAAGCAACGCGUUUCAGAUGCAGAGUGGCGUGGCGCUCAAUGACGAACCCAGUAAGAAGAAUAAGGAUGGCCAGACGAGGGAGCAGGAACACUCUUCUGAAAGCCAUUACAGAAUCGUUUCACCAACAUUCCAGUAUACGAUGAGCCACAAGCGAGUGGGCAAGUGCAUCAUCAUCAACAACAAAAACUUUGAUGAAAAGACAGGAAUGAAUGUACGCAAUGGCACGGACCGAGAUGCGGGUGAACUGUUCCAGUGCUUCAAGAACUUGGGCUUCGACGUCUUCAUCUACAACGAUCAGACAUGUGAGAAGAUGGAGCGUCUUCUCAAAGAAGCCUCAGAGGAAGACCACAGCGACAGCUCGUGUUUCGCCUGUAUCCUCCUAAGCCAUGGUGAGGAGGGCAUGAUCUACGGCACAGACGGCGCCAUGCCCAUAAAGACCAUGACCUCACUAUUCAGAGGGGACAUGUGCAAAAGCUUAGUUGGGAAGCCAAAGCUCUUCUUCAUCCAGGUACGCAGCUCUGAGGCUUGUCGGGGUUCCGAAUUCGAUGACGGUAUACAGACAGAUUCGGGUCCGCCAAGUGACACGCUGGAGACCGACGCUAAUCCAAGACAUAAAAUCCCUGUAGAAGCGGAUUUCCUCUUUGCCUACUCCACUGUGCCAGGCUACUACUCCUGGAGGAAUCCUGGACGCGGCUCCUGGUUUGUCCAGGCUCUCUGCAACGUCCUCAAGGAGUUUGGCAAGCAGCUGGAGAUCAUGCAGAUCCUGACGCGCGUCAACUACAUGGUGGCCACCAGCUUCGAGUCCUGGUCCGAAGACCCACGCUUCAGUGAGAAGAAGCAGAUUCCCUGCGUGGUCUCGAUGCUGACCAAAGAACUGUACUUCCACUGACCGUACUGUACGACGCCACAGACCGACUGACCGACUGAUCAACUUACUGACUGUUUCAGCUGCUAAGGCUAAGUGGUCAGAGCAUUCAGGGAUGAUUCAGGCUCAGCAGGACGCUGCACAUUUACAUUUGAAUGUGUCUGGAAACGUACACUCCACGAGGAGCGAGAAACGUUUUACAGUGACGCGUCACGUCAUGUGUCGGCGGCGAACAUUCUUCCUCUUCUUCAGUUCAUAACAUUACAUUUGAUGGGAUCUUUGUUAACAGGCAUUGUGAAAUAUCCAUGUUUUUCUGCCAGCCCAAAGAAUAUGCAGCCAGUUUUUUUCUGAAUAUGUACGUCUGCAUUUUCCAAGGUUAGCAUCAGAUAUCAAGAAACACCGAUUGAUAAGGGCAUGUACAGUAAAGACGGGCAGAGGGGGAUUUAUAACCGGUCCAAUUCAGUCCAGUCUGUUUACUGUAGAUUUGGUAAACAUUGCACAGAAUUUUUCUAGUAAACUUGGUGAGAGUUGAAUGUUUUAAAACUUGUAUUAGAAAAUGCAUUAGUUUUGUCCCAUUAGAGAAAACGUUUACAAACCCCUGGGUUGCCAUAAUAGAAAUAUUACAAUAAUAAUAGAGAAUACUUUUACAAACCUGGUUGAAUGAAUUGUUGAGGCAAAAAAAGAAAAUCUGAUCAGAUCACUUUCAGAUAUGUGUUUUUUGUCUGUAGAGAAAGAGACAAAAGACAAAGACAACACUGAGCAGACACACGUCAUACUGCUCUCAGUCAAAGCUUAGAGUCUUUGUGUCCCUGGAACGUUUACGAUCGUAGCAGCACGCUGGCAUCCUCAGGUUCCUUAAUGUCCCAGACAGUGGGUAAAUGUCAUGUUAAACCAAUUCCGUGUGUAUUAUUAGGAAGCUGUGAUCUUUUGCUGUGUAUUGAUUAGUUAAAUGUCGAGUGCGGUAUACAGUAUAGUCCACCCCAAUAAAACACAAUGCUGAAGAUUGGUGGCAAUUAAAAGUGGAAGAGGUGAAGCAAAUAUGAUCAAAUAAUCAGUUUAUCGUCAUUCUCUUCACAAUGCAGGAUCGUUCCCUCCUCAGGGAAUGUAGGCAUGUCUAAAAUGUGUCAUACAGAUAUACCGGGGUCCAAAGCACGAAUGCCUCAUGAUUUCACUGUAUAUUAGUGUUGUACAUUGCCACAGACACUACACUAAAGGAAACAGUCUGACGAGUUUCAUUUUAAAACACGUUCUGUCAGCGUCUGUCACACGCAGAGGCAGCUAUUACUGGUGUCUGGCCACACGCACCAUCCAUGUGUCUGCAGUACAUUAUCCCCAGCAUUUUAGGGUCAAGGUUCAGCAAAUGCUUUCAUUUAUCUUUAUGAUAUUCAUACUUUUAUGUUUUCAUUGGUCAUAUUUGAGUUAUUUUAACAAUAUUUAAUAUGCACAUACAGUACGUGUGACUGAAACCUUUGUGCAAUACAAGACACAACUCCUAAACCUUCUGGAUCUGAUCAGUGAUGUGCUGAAAGGAGUGUUCACUCCUCUUGUUUUGAAAUUGAACUGAAUUAACUGAAUUUGUUUUUUUUAUUUCAAGAAAUACAUUUUUAAUGCUUUCCAGUGCUGUUGUUCUCAGGAAAAUAUUUGAAAGGAUUUGGAUAAUAUAAUAAAUGAAUGAGCAGAUUUGGCCCAGUUUUCAUAAAUUGGUGGCACAACCUUGUUUAAAUUUCAAGACGGAGAAAUGCUGCUGUAAAAAUCUCAUCAAUAAAUAUGAAGAAUUCA